UGCGUGCACAUGUCAAUGUCAAAUGUCAUGAAUCUUCUGUCUCUUUUUAUUGACCUACCAUAUUUUUGGAAGGGUCUCUAAAGUUUAAAAAGUUAUUUUUUAAACUUGGAAUUGUUUUAAAAGUGAUUAGGCUUUGAUUCUUUACUGUUAUACGCCGCUCAAAGAGAUUUAGGCAAAUAUGAGUCGUUUCUUUGCUGGGUCAGACUCAGACUCGGAGAGUUCUUCUGGUGAUGAGGUUAUUCAGAGGCCAGCAGGCCCAACGAUUUUUACUUUCUCUGAUGAUGAGGAAGAAGUUAAAAGGGUUGUCAGGUCUGCAAAAGAAAAGCGGUAUGAAGAGCUCACUAAUAUUAUCAAACAAAUCAGGAAUUUUAAGAAAAUCAAGGAUAUGUCCAGUAUGCUUAACAGUUUUGAAGAUCUUCAGAAAGCUUAUGUAAAAGCCACACCAGUAAUUGCUAAAGAAGAAAAUGGACAGACUCCAAGGUUUUUUGUCAGAUGUCUGGUUGAAAUGGAAGAUUUUAUCAAUGAAACUUGGGAAGACAGAGAAUUCAGGAAGAAUAUGAGUAAAAACAACAGCAAAUCACUCACUUCCAUGCGUCAAAAACUGAGAAAGUACAUAAAAGAUUUUGAGGAAGAUAUUGCCAAAUUUCGAGAAAAUCCUGAUCAGCCAGAUGAUGAUGAAGAACAAGAUAAAAAUGAAGCUAAAGAUGAAUCUGAUGAAGAACCACCAGCCAAAAACCAGUUUACAAAGACUCCUGCUGCCCCACAAGCUAAGCAAGAUUCUGAUUCUGACUCUGAUGAUUGGAUGUCUGAGUCAGACUCUAGUUCAGAGUCCUCUGAUGAUGAGGAAGGAAAAUAUACAAGUAUGAGAGAAAGAUUCAGAAAAAAAGCCAAUAAAGAGGAUGAUGAAGAAAAGGAAAAACGUAAAGAGGAAAAGCGUAAAGAGAGAAAAGAAAAAGAAAGACAGAAGGAUAUCUUGAAGAGACAGGCAGAAGAGGAGGAGGGUGAUGAGGAAGGCUGGGAAAAGGUUAAAUUUGGAGUGGCAAUUCCUAGUGAAAAGCCAAAAAUGUUUGCUAAAGAUGCCGAAAUCGAUUUAAAUCUCGUCGUUAAAAAACUGAAUGAAAUUAUGGCGGCCAGAGGCAAAAAAAGGACAGAUCGUAGAGAACAGAUCGAGCUCCUUCACGAAUUACAGAAUAUUUCCGAGCAGCACAAGUUGGGACCGGCGAUUCACAUCAAAAUCAAAUUUGCCAUUAUUUCCGCUAUUUUUGACUACAAUCCCAAGAUAUCCGAUGCCAUGAAGCCAGAGCAUUGGUCCAAACUGUUGGAACGCAUGAACGAAAUGCUCGAUAUACUUCUGAGCAAUCCCAACUUAAUUGUCUCAGAAACUGUUACUGAAGAAAACGAGUGCUUAGAAGAAACACCUUAUAAAGUAAGAGGUUGUGUAUUAACUUCAGUGGAAAGAUUGGAUGAUGAAUUCACGAAAUUGUUGAAAGAGUGUGACCCUCACUCUAACGAGUACGUCGAAAGAUUGAAAGAUGAGUCCAAGGUAUCCACCAUCAUUGACAAGACAAUGAAAUAUCUGGAGAGGACCAAUGUGCCUUCUGAGCUGUGCAGAAUUUAUUUGAGGAAGAUUGAGCAUGUGUACUACAAGUUUGAUCCAAGAGUUCUGCAACAAAAAGCAGGAGAACUUCCCAAGGACAUCAUCACUUCCGUUCAAGAAAUGGAUCGUCUCUGCAAAUUUAUUUAUGCAAAGGAUAACACUGACCGUUUAAGAACGAGAGCGAUUUUAUCCCAUAUCUAUCAUCAUGCGUUACACGACAACUGGUUCCAGGCGAGAGAUUUGGUACUGAUGUCUCAUCUACAAGAAACCAUCCAACAUUCAGAUCCGAGUACCCAAAUUUUAUAUAACAGGAUGAUGGCGCAUCUCGGAUUAUGCGCUUUUAGGCAUGCGAACAUCAAAGAUGCCCAUAAUUGUUUGGUGGAUUUGAUGAUGACUGGGAAACCGAAGGAGUUGCUCGCUCAAGGCCUGCUUCCCCAACGUCAACACGAACGUUCUAAAGAACAAGAAAAAAUCGAAAAGCAGCGUCAAAUGCCCUUCCAUAUGCACAUCAACUUGGAACUGCUCGAGUGCGUCUAUUUGGUGUCUGCCAUGCUUAUAGAAAUUCCAUAUAUGGCCGCUCACGAAUUCGAUGCCAGACGUAGAAUGAUUUCGAAGACUUUCUAUCAACAGCUCAGAUCGUCGGAGAGGCAAAGUUUAGUCGGUCCACCGGAAAGUAUGAGGGAACACGUAGUUGCCGCAGCUAAAUCGAUGAGAAAUGGCAACUGGGCCGCUUGUAACAGUUUUAUUAUUAACGAUAAGAUGAACGCUAAGGUGUGGGAUUUGUUCUAUCAAGCGGAUGCAGUGAGAUCAAUGCUAACAAAACUGAUCAAGGAAGAAUCCCUUAGGACCUAUUUGUUCACCUAUUCUCAUGUUUAUGACUCCAUCUCUAUGCAAACUCUUUCGGACAUGUUCGAAUUGGACAAACCAGUGGUCCAUUCGAUUAUUUCUAAAAUGAUUAUUAAUGAAGAACUUAUGGCUUCCUUGGAUGAUCCUACUCAAACAGUGGUGAUGCACCGUAGCGAACCGUCUAGGUUGCAAUCCCUCGCAUUACAGCUAGCAGAUAAAAUCAACAAUUUUGUUGAUUCCAAUGAGAGGAUUUUGGAAACGAAACAAGGAAAUUUCUUUUUACGUGGAGCGAAUCAGGGCAACUUCAGAGGAGACAGGCAAAACUAUCGGGGAGGCAAUAAUCAAAAUUGGGACAGGCAACGCCGUGAACAUAGGAAUAAAGAAGCUUAUUAGAUUAUUUGGUAAAAUAUUUUAAAUUGUACAUUUUUCCUAGAGAGAGAUCAUAAAAAACGUUGCCUUUCCAUCUUUUUGCACUUUACACACAAAACUUUAUUAUACUAACACUUAGUUCAGUUAGGUUAUAAUAAACAUAAUUUGGAUUCUU